AUUGGGCCCUAACAUAAAAUAAUUUUUUUUUGUAUUGUAAUUAUUUAAAACGUUUUCUCUCUUUCCCCACUCUUUUUUUUCUUCGUUUUAUAUUUAUUGACAAUAUGCAAUACUCUCGCGUGUCACCCCUUGUAUCUAGAUUCACUCGUCUUUCUGCCCAAACAACCACAACUGCAGCUUUGCGUCACCUUUCUCAGGUGAGAAACUUGCACGUUCAAGCUCCUGCUGCUUUAUACACCGUUGGCCAUGAACAUUUAAGAAAAUCCGGUGCUCUUAAGAAGGGUGCUUUUGUUAACCAAUUCAGAACCUAUGCUGACAAGGUUGUCAAGGUGCCUCAAAUGGCUGAAUCCAUCUCUGAAGGUACCCUUAAACAAUGGGUGAAACAGGUUGGUGAUUUCGUUCAACAAGAUGAAGAAGUAGCCACGAUUGAAACCGAUAAAAUCGACGUCACUGUCAAUUCUCCUGCUUCAGGAACCAUCGUUGAAAUUUUUGCCCAAGAAGAAGACAACGUCUCUGUUGGUGCUGACUUUUUCAAAUUAGAACUUGGUGAUGCACCAAAGGAAGGUGCUGCUCCUGCUGCCAAGAAGGAAGAACCUAAAGAAGAGUCAAAGCCUGAAGAACCCAAGAAGGAAGAAGCUCCUAAGAAACAAGAACCCAAGAAGGAAGAAUCCAAGCCUGCUGCCGAAAAGGCCUAUGGUAACCGUAACGAAACCCGUGUCAAGAUGAACCGUAUGCGUCUCAGAAUUGCUGAACGUUUAAAGCAAUCUCAAGAUACCGCUGCCUCUUUGACCACCUUUAACGAAAUCGAUAUGACCAACUUAAUGAACCUUCGUUCUGAAUACAAGGAUGCCAUCGUCAAGAAGCACGGUGUCAAGUUCGGCUUCAUGUCUGCCUUUGCUAAGGCUGCUUCUGAAGCCUUGACUGAAAUCCCCGCUGUCAAUGCUUCUAUUGAUGGUAACGAAAUUGUCUACCAUGACUUUGUUGAUAUGAGUAUUGCUGUUGCUACUCCCAAGGGUUUGGUUACUCCUGUUUUGAGAAACGUCGAAGAUAUGGGUUUGAUCGAUAUUGAAAAGAACAUUGCUGAACUUGGUAAAAAGGCUCGUGAUAACAAGAUCACCAUUGAAGAUAUGGCUGGUGGUACCUUCACUAUCUCUAACGGUGGUGUCUUUGGUUCUUUAAUGGGUACUCCUAUCAUUAACUUGCCUCAAACUGCUAUUUUGGGUAUGCACGCCAUCAAGGAAAGACCUAUUGCUGUCAAUGGAAAGGUUGAAAUCCGUCCCAUGAUGUAUGUUGCCCUCACUUACGAUCACAGACUUGUCGAUGGUCGUGAAGCUGUUACAUUCUUGGUUAGAAUCAAGGAACUUAUUGAAGACCCUAGAAGAUUCCUCUUGGGUGUCUAAAUAAUGUAUGGUCAUGUAUAAAACUCUGUCUCUCCCUUUACAACUCAAAUUCAUUCGACUUUUUUUUUCUUUUGCAUUUCUUAUCAAUUUUCCCCUUCUCUAUUUAAUAAAAAAAAAGUAGAAAGAAAGGUGUAAUACAUGUAUAAAAUAGAAACCAUAUACUGUGCACUCAUUCUCUAUCUUGUGUUUCGAUAAAA